AUGCACCCUUAUUGUGGAAAAACCUGCGCACGUUCUUCUUGCGAUUCCGGCUUUCCCAAUAGUCAUCAAGGAGGAUCUUGUAAAAUCAACGGAUGUGAUAAACCCUGCUAUGUCGAACCAUCUGGUGUUCGUCACCCAUAUUGUUCAAGAACAUGUGCCAAAAAAGAUUUACAGAAUUCUGUUGAGAAUAAAACUACCCAAGAAUAUAAUGAGUAUGAAUUACUGAAG